AUGUGUUUAUCAAAGUUAGGUACCAAUGAAUCGCAUGCCAAACCUCAAACUAAACCUCAAGCAAGAUCUAAAACAAGUUCACAAACAAAUCCACGAACAAAUCCUCAAGCAAAUUCUUCAUACCAAAGGCAAGAAGAUCAAAAAUCUAAACGAUCAGCCAUAAAGUAA